AUGAUUGAAUUUGGCGAUGUUGACUCAAUUGAACAAUUUUGCAGUUUUGACCGUUCCCUGAUAAAUGCUCCUGGACCUUGUGUUCUCUUUGCUACGCCAGGGAUGAUCAGUGGUGGGUUUUCGCUCGAGGUCUUCAAGCAUUGGGCUCCCUGUGAGGCAAAUCUUGUGACACUGCCAGGUUACUGUGUGGCUGGAACCGUGGGGCACGGAUUGAUGUCAUGUAAAACACCCACCAAGGUUAAUGUGGAUGAAGACACCCAAAUUGAUGUGCGAUGCAAGAUUCAUCAGUUGUCAUUCAGUCCUCAUACAGAUGCCAAAGGAAUCAUGGAUCUUAUCAAAUUUCUUGAGCCCAAGCAUGUGAUACUUGUACAUGGUGAAAAGCCUAAGAUGGCUGACCUUAAAGAAAGAAUUCAAUCUGAGUUGCAGAUACAAUGCUAUUAUCCUGCAAAUAAUGAAACUGUGUGCAUUCCUUCAACUCAUUAUGCAAAAGCAGAUGCAACAGACACACUUAUCCAAAGUUCAUUGAGUCCAAAGUUCAAGUUCCUCCAAACAAGUUCGAGAGAGAACUCUGAUUUGGGUUCCACAGACUUCAGGGCAAAGUCUCUGCUGCAAGUACGUGAUGAAAGAGUAGUUGAAGGUAUCAUGGUUAUGGAGAAAAACAAGAAGGCCAAGGUUCUACACCAGGAUGAGCUUCUGGUCAUGUUGGGAGGAGAAAAGCAUGAAGUAAAAUUUGCUCAUUGCUGUCCUGUAGAUGUUAGAAGCUUGCAAAAGACCCAAACCAAUGAUCUUUCAUCUGGAGAUUUGCCUCACAUUUUGAAAAAAUGCUCCUUGCUGCACCUACUAUUUGCAAAACUUUCAAAUCAACUUACUGAAUUGGAUAUCCAAGAUUGCAGGCAACAUCUUCAAGUAGAGUCUUUCCAUGUCUCUGUUUGUUUGAAGGACGACUGCCCUCACAGAACUACUGAUAGUACUCCCGACAAAGAAACAAUAUAUUUCUGCUGCAAGUGGUCGAUGGCAGAUGACAAGCUUGCUUGGAAAGUCAUUUCUAUCAUGAAGAAUCUCAAUGCGAGUGUUAUUUAGAGGUACUCGUUGGCUUCUGUAUCUGUUGGCAUAGGAAGUAGUUUGUCCUUUUUGAAAAUAUAGGUGAACGUAUCACCCUGAGGUUAUGUUUACUACACCGAUCCCAUUGAUGGAAAAGGCUGAAAUUUGACAACCGACAUAUUUAUUCUCGUUCAUCUUCUCCAAAAGCAUAAACAACAAACACUGUGCAACGAAGUUGUUAUUGAUUUUAUAUAUUGCAGAAAUGUUCAAUUUUCCUUGUCAGUUAUCUGAUAGAAUCUUUUCUCAUGUAGUUCAAGGAAGGGUUAAUAGU